UAGUGAUGCGCAGCAUUUUUCUUCUUUUUUUAAAAAGACCAAAUACAGCAAAGAUUCUGUUGAAUCCAAAAUUUCCAAAUCCGAAUCGUAUCGGUCUCCGUUUCAGACUAGAAUCCUACGAUACACAGAAAUCCCGUCACUCCUCCAAAUUCUCCCUUACAUAUUUCCAUGUCUGAAACGCAAACUCUAUCAUCACCAACAGAUCUCACCGACCACCACCAGCCAUUGCUCACCUCAGCACCAAUGGACUAUCAAGAACCUCAAUACCCUAUACCAAUAAAAAGAUAUUGGCGAUGGAGCAAGCAAGAUUUCUAUCCAGAACCCUCUUUUCAAAACCUCUCAACUUAUAAAACUGCACUUUCUCAAACCUUUCCUCGUCUCAAGGACCGUCUUCUCUCUCGCUCUACGGACGCCAAUGAACUUGUCAUUCUCCAGAAAGAAAGCGAAAACCCGAUGCUAAAGUGCCUUACUUGGUGGGACCUUAUGUGGGUCGGCUUUGGUUCUGUUGUUGGAUCUGGUAUUUUUGUUGUUACUGGUCUAGAAGCUGGUUCUGUGGGUCCUUCUAUAGUUCUUGCUUAUGCUAUUUCUGGUCUCUCUGCAUUGCUCUCUGUGUUUUGUUACACUGAAUUUUCUGUAGAGAUUCCUGUUGCCGGUGGUUCUUUUUCUUUUCUCAGAAUUGAAUUAGGUGAUUUUAUUGCUUUUAUUGCUGCUGGGAAUAUUCUUUUGGAGGGUGUUGUUGGUGCUGCUGGGUUAGGACGUUCUUGGUCUUCUUAUCUUGGUAGCAUGAUUAAUAGUAAAAAUCCUGACUUUUUGAGAAUUAGAGUUAAGUCUUUUGCUGAUGGAUUUAAUCUUUUAGAUCCAAUUGCUGUUCUUGUUCUUUUGGUGGCUAAUACUAUAGCAAUGACGGGUACAAAGAGGACUUCUAUUCUGAAUUGGAUUAGUUCUAUAGUUAGUGCUUCUAUAAUUGUGUUCAUCAUUAUUGUAGGAUUUAUUCAUGGUAAAAGUGCAAAUUUAUCACCGUUUUUUCCAGAUGGAUCAAAGGGUGUUUUUGAAGCUGCAGCAAUUGUGUAUUGGUCUUAUACUGGUUUUGAUAUGGUUGCUACUUUGGCAGAAGAGACCAAGAAGCCAUCAAGGGAUAUACCGAUUGGGUUGAUUGGUUCAAUGUCUAUGAUCACUGUGGUUUAUUGCUUGAUGGCUUUGGCAUUGACUAUGAUGGUAAAAUAUACUGAGAUUGAUCCGGAUGCUGCAUAUUCAGUUGCUUUUGUUCAAAUUGGGAUGAAUUGGGCGAAGUAUUUAGUUAGUUUAUGUGCACUUAAGGGAAUGACUACAAGUUUAUUGGUUGGAUCACUUGGACAAGGUAGAUAUACUACUCAGAUUGCAAGGUCCCAUAUGAUACCUCCUUGGUUUGCUCUAGUUCAUCCAAAAACUGGAACACCUAUCAAUGCCACUCUUUCGAUAACUAUACUUAGUUCUAUUGUAGCAUUUUUCUCUAGUUUGGAUGUUCUAUCAAGUGUCUUUUCCGUGAGUACGCUACUCCUUUUCAUGCUAAUGGCUGUUGCAUUGCUUGUGAGGCGAUAUUAUGUGAAAGAUGUUACUUCAGGGAAUGAUUUGAUCAAAUUUCUUGUGUGCUUAUUUGUCAUUAUUGGUUCUUCAAUUGGAGUAACUUCAGUUUGGAGUUCGAAUGGGAAAGGAUGGAUUGGAUACGUGGUGACUUCGGUCCUUUGGUUUUUGGGGACUUCGGGACUGGCUUUGCUACCAAAGCAAUGUGCUCCAAAGGUUUGGGGAGUUCCUCUUGUUCCAUGGUUGCCAUCACUAUCAAUUGCAAUGAAUUUCUUUCUUAUUGGAUCUUUGGGUAAGACAGCGUUCUUGAGGUUCAUUGUUUGCAGUGCCGUAAUGAUUUUAUACUAUUUGUUUGUAGGAGUCCAUGCAACUUAUGAUAUAGCUCGCCAAAACGAGGAAGAAACAAAUAAGAUAGAAGAGGGUAGAUAAAGUUUAGGAAAUGCAUAUAUGGUGAUAUGGCAUUUUGAACAUAUAAUUUAGUUAGUUAUUUCUUAUAUUUUCAUGUCAAUCCUUAGGAUAUUAUUGAUUUCAGUACUCUGUAAAUAUUUAAGUUAGAUGGAAUCUAUUCAAUAUGAAGGAAAUUCUUUGUUGUAUUCAAAUCCAGGAAUUUGUUCUGAAAUUUGAUGUUUAUGUAAUUACCAAGCUGAUUGUCUCCCUUAUGGAAUAUUGGGGUUCUUUAA